CAACUUGUGUAUUCGCUAUGCUGCAUGUUAUGUUGUUACAGAGGAGCUUGUUGCGAGCAAUAACAAUUUGUGGUAUAUGAAGAGAAAAUUUAGAAACAUUACUCAGUUUGUUUUCAUUUUGCUUAGUCGUUGGACGUGUUGCGGAAUUUUCGUUGCUUAUUGCCUUUAGUACCUGGUUUCGCGUACGCAAUCGUUGACGACUUGUGUUCAUGUUGUUACAGUAAUUCACAAUUUACAAUUAUUAAAUAAAUAUUGUAAUAUUUUUAAAUGAAAAUUAAAAGAAUAUUGAAUUGAAAUAUAUGUGUAUAAACACAAAAGCUACAGAAAAAUACAUUUUCAAGUGCGCCUUAGUGUCUUCUUUUUUUGUGUACAAAUAAAUUGAUUAAAACACAACAAAAAUUUUAUUUAAGCAAACAGAAAUCCACAAACAAAAUCCAACUCGAACAAUUUUUUGUUAUAUUUUGUGUUUUUUUUUUAUUUUGCUUUCCUUCUGAAGCAUUAUUUUUGUUUGCUUUCUAUUGUACGUGUUGUGUAUAUAUUGACGUCUAAUAACUGAAAAAAAAAACAAAAACGAAAAUAUACUAAAAUCAAAUAAUAUAAAAUAUUACGUUAAAUUGUGUUUUAUAUUGUGUAAAACAAAAACAAAAAAAGAGAUGCAAUUAAUAAUUUUUACUUAUUUUAAUAUAAAACAACAACAGAAAAAACAGCAGUUGACGGUGAAUGCUGUAUUGCGUACUGCCUGCACUUGACAAAUCAAAGGAAAACCUUAAUUGAAAUGCUUUGAUAUAGAGAAUAAAAAUAUCUUCAAUAAAUAAAGAAGCAUAUUUUAUGAAUGAGUCAAAUAAUUUGGUGAAUAUAUAUUUUUAAAACGAAUAAAUUUUAAAUCAAAAAUUGUGUAUGCUAAAAAUAAAAUACAUUUAUAAAAACAUACAGUAUAAAAAUAUACAUACAUAAGUAAUGUAUAAGUAUUUUAAAUAUACAAAUGAAAAAAUAAAUUCUAUGCAAAAAAAAACAUUAAAUUAACAAAUCUAAAAAAAAUUGACAAAAUUUUCAAACAACAAAAAUAAAAACAAUUCAUAAGCGAAAGCAGAGUGCAUCAUAUCUAAAAGAAAAACAAAAGCAUCAAAUUAUGCUUUUAUUGGUUGGAUUUGCUCCCCCAUGGAUUAAAUUUCACCUGAUUUGUAUCGCCACCUUUCGCCUGUAAUUAUACUCGACGUGAUCACGCGCUCACACCACAUGACACCGCAUAGCAAGAUCAAAACACAGCAUAGCAAAGCUGCGCAAACUUCUGCAAAAACACUGUAACCACCAGACAGGCUCCCAAGUUAGCGCGCUUAGAAGAACUAAUAAUCAACCAUACUGCUGCAUACAAAUUACCAAAGUUAAAACAACACAAACAACAAAAACAAAAAUAAAAAAAUACCCAAAAGCAUAGUAAAAAUUUUGCCAGGAAAUAAAUGAGAUGAGAAGUAAUAAGAACUGCGAAAGAGGAAAGAAGAGCAUAUAACAAAUAACAAAACUAAAACUGAAACAGGCAACAGGAUUAAAAUUUAUCACUCUGUUAAAACAGUGCUGCAACAACAAAAAUACUACAACAACAGCAACAACAACAAUUGUUAGUGUCGCCAGCUUGACCGAAGCCUUAUACAACAUUUACAUCGUCUGCUCCAUUGGCGUCAACGUUACCUCGUUUCUACUCUACUGACGACGACGGACGACGACACGUUUUCAGGCUCCCGCAUAUAUCGCGCAUAACCAACCAUUCAGCAAAUACACAAACGAUCAUAAACGAUUGAGUUGCGAUUAAUAGCUUUUGGCUUUUUAAUUUUGUAUUGCCUUUGCUGCCUUGCGUCCAGCCACUGCAUCAUCAUCAUCAUCAUUAUUAACAUCAUCACGGGCAAGCGUUGCAUGUUUGAGAGUUUGUGUUUGUUAUGCAGUUGUAUGUUGCACUCUAUUGUUGUAACGAAUAAGAAGUAAAAAUUAUAAGUAGUAGUAGAAGCGGAAGAAGAAGAAGAAGAGAAGCAGCAACAGCCUUAGAGGAAGCAAACCUUAUUUUUCCUUUACUCUUUUUUUUUUGUUUGAUAUUUUGUUUGUUGCUAUAAAAGAUUUUCACAAUAUAUCUACUAACGUAGCGCAUUCAACACUAAACAUAAUCAACCAACAAAUAACAUCAUUAUUAUUAUCAAAAUCAUAAUCAACGUAUUGUUAUUGUUAUAUCCUUCCAAUUAUUUUGUGUGUUAAAAUCACUGCAACAAUUUAUACAGUUGCGCUGAUUUGAGUUGAGUUAUUGAAGAUAUGUUUGUUGUGUUAUUGAAUACUGAGUCUUUGCAAUAAGCCACCAAAUAUCUACAACCAACUAAAUCAACUAAAGGUUCAACACCAAAAACAGUAAAAACAGUAAAAAGGAAAUAUAAAAGUAAAGGAGAAAAAUUCUAAAAACAAAAUAAAAAUAAUAAUAUUACAGAAAGAGAAAAAAUAAAUACAGAAAACAUUUAUUAUACAACCUGCAAAUCUACUACCAACUAAUAUAUUGUCGGUAACAAAGUUUAAAGCGCGUCACAAGCAACAGCAACAACAGACAACAACAACUAAAUACCAGCCACAACACAUCAACCAACAACAACACCAACAACAGUUUUAAGGUUAUAUGUUUUAAGAUUCUCUCCUUUGCAUCACAAGUGUUUUGUGUGCUACGAUUUUUGUUUGCCGCUCUUGAUUGUGUUUUCCUGAAAAGCAAAAGCGCAAGGUAAAAACAAAAACAACACCGAGUUUGCAGACAUGGCGCCGAAAUCCAGAAAGAAGAAGGCUCAUGCUCGCACAUUGAGUUGCUAUUGUGAAGGUAGUUGUCCCGAUAAUGCAAUGAAUGGCACAUGUGAAACACGUCCCGGCGGUUCUUGCUUCAGCACAGUCGAAGGUUAUUACGAUGAACUAACAGGCACAUAUGAAGUUGACAGAACAUAUGGCUGUAUGCCACCGGAAGACAAUGGUGGAUUAUUAAUGUGCAAAGUUGCAGUCGUACCACAUUUACAUGGCAAAAAUAUAGCUUGCUGUGAUAGUGGCGAUUAUUGUAAUCGUGACUUACAUCCUGUCUAUACACCAAAGCUCACCACAGCCGCACCCGAUUUACCAGUUAGUACACAAUCAGUACAUCAUUUUUUAAUAUUAACCGCAAUGGUGCUCGCAACAGUUUUGGGAUUUGUGCUUCUUAUAAUAAUACUAGUAAAAUGUAUACUAAGCGAAAAAUUACGCAAACAACCACGUCUAAUUAAUUCAAUGUGCAACAGUCAAUUAUCACCAUUGUCACAAUUGGUAGGUCAAAGUUCGAAUUCCGGUUCAGGUUUACCCUUGCUUGUACAGCGUACUAUUGCCAAACAAAUACAAAUGGUGCGUUUAGUUGGCAAGGGUCGUUAUGGUGAAGUUUGGUUGGCAAAAUGGCGUGAUGAUGAAGUAGCGGUCAAGACAUUUUUAACCACUGAGGAAGCAUCCUGGUUCCGUGAAACUGAAAUCUAUCAGACCGUACUGAUGCGUCACGAGAAUAUUUUGGGCUUUAUUGCGGCAGAUAUUAAGGGUAAUACCUGCCGGACACAUAUGGUGCUUAUAACUGAUUAUCAUGAAAUUGGUAGUCUCUACGAUUAUCUAUCCACCUCUGUUAUCAAUCCGCAGAAAUUACAAUUAUUGGCUUAUUCACUGGCAGCUGGUGUGGCACAUUUGCAUGAUGAAAUUUUCGGUUCGCCAGGCAAACCGGCCAUAGCACAUCGCGAUAUAAAGAGCAAGAAUGUUUUAGUGAAACGUAAUGGACAAUGCGCUAUAGCCGAUUUUGGGUUGGCUGUUAAAUACAAUUCCAAAUUAGAUGUCUUACAUAUUGCACAGAAUACUAGAGUGGGUACACGUCGUUACAUGGCACCCGAAGUACUGAAUCAAUCGCUUAAUCCACAACAAUUUGAAGAAUUUAAACGUGCCGACAUGUAUUCUGUUGGUUUGGUGUUAUGGGAAAUGGCUAGACGUUGUUAUACACAAGUACCAGGCCACAAAACAACAACUUGUGAAGAUUAUGCUCUACCAUACCAUGAUGUUGUGCCAUCCGAUCCAACGUUCGAUGAUAUGCAUGCUGUAGUAUGCGUAAAAGGUUUCCGUCCACCAAUACCACAACGUUGGCAAGAAGAUGAUGUACUGGCGACCGUAGCAAAAAUCAUGCAAGAAUGUUGGCAUCAUAAUCCGACUGUGCGUCUAACAGCCUUGCGUGUCAAAAAAACUUUGGGACGUUUGGAAGUUGAUCAAGAUUGUAAUAUUAGAAUUGUUUAGAAACGUUUGAUUUGUCAAAUUUUUUUAAACCUGUGAAAGUACGGGUUCAGGGCACCCAAGCGCUGCUUUGCAGCCAUUAACAAUGUCAGCAAUGACUGACGAGUCAUACUACAUACUCGGGCAGAAAUACAUUUAAAUUAACUUAUAUAUUAUAUAUAUACGUAACUAAAUCAAACUGCUGAAGAUAUU